AUUCCCUCCUCCAUUUGCCCCAUCCGUAGAUUAUGCUGCCUCUUUUCUCUCAUUAGCAUCAAAGAGAAGCACAAGCUCGAUAUGGGAAACUGCUUGGGAUCUCCUUCUCUCCGUGAAAAGAGUAUCGGCAGCUCCACCAACCAUAAUACCCCAGGCACAUCCUUAGGUGAAUUAAAGAACUAUAGUAACACUACAGAACUUUCAGUAACAAGCAGCAGCAACUGCAGGAGUCAGUUUUCAGAGGUAGUGAGUGAGAUUGUGGAGGAGAGGAACCCAGAUGGGCAAAUUUUGGAAAGGCACAACUUGAAAAUUUACACCUUUGCAGAGUUGAAGAAUGCAACCAGGAACUUCAAAUCUGAUACUUUGUUGGGUGAGGGAGGAUUUGGCAGAGUUUUCAAAGGCUGGGUUAAUGAGAAGACUUUGCAACCCUCAAAGACUGGCUCAGGAAUGCUGGUUGCCAUUAAGAAAUUAAGCCCAGAAAGUAUGCAAGGUUUAGAAGAAUGGCGGUCUGAGGUGAAUUUUCUAGGAAGGCUUUCUCAUCCAAAUUUGGUUAAGUUGUUGGGAUAUUGUACGGAAGAUAAGGAGCUUCUGCUUGUUUAUGAAUUCAUGGCAAGAGGAAGCUUGGAAAAUCAUUUAUUUAGACGAAACCCAAACAUUGAGCCGCUUUCUUGGGAAUUAAGGCUGAAAAUUGCCAUUGGAGCUGCUAAGGGUCUAGCUUUCUUGCACACUUCAGAUAAGAAAGUCAUUUAUAGAGAUUUCAAGGCCUCAAACAUAUUGCUUGAUGGGAACUACAACGCCAAAAUAUCAGAUUUUGGGUUGGCUAAAUUGGGGCCUUCUGCUGGAGAAUCUCAUGUAACAACCAGGGUUAUGGGAACCUAUGGUUAUGCUGCUCCAGAGUAUAUUGCAACAGGUCAUUUAUAUGUGAAGAGUGAUGUUUAUGGCUUUGGUGUUGUUCUGCUGGAAAUAAUGACUGGCUUGAGGGCACUUGACACAAGGCGGCCAAAUGGGCAGCAGAACCUGGUGGAUUGGCACAAACCAAGCCUCUCCCAUAAGAGAAAGCUGAAGAGCAUCAUGGAUCCGAGAAUUGAGGGUCAAUAUUCUCCUAAGGCAGCAUGGCAGUCCGCAGAGCUCACUCUGAAAUGUCUGGAACCUGAUCCCAGGAAGCGUCCUUCCAUGAAGGAAGUCGUUGAAGCUUUGGAAAGAAUUGAAGCUCUUAAGGUGAAAAGGAAGGAUUGUAGAUCCAUAUUUAGUCAAUCUUCAACUUCUCUCCCUGCUUAGCAGCAUGCUCAGUAUCACCCUCGAUUUCAAACACACGAUGGUGCUUGAAUUUUGAGCUACCAACUACCAGGAAGCAGGUAAUAAAGUUGUAUUAACAAAUUCGACCUUUCACUUGGAAGCUCUUUAAGCUUUAAUUUCUUCGUUUUUUUAUCAGUGAUUAAAGCAAUCAACAUUCUUUCGAAAAUCUCUUCAAAAUCUUGUUGUAGUCCCAAUUUUGCUCAAAUAAAGUAUAGUAACUUGG